UGAUCUUUGCCCCUUUGAAGGCAAGAUGGUGUACAUGAGAAUGUUCUCUCGGUGACGGGGAUGGCCGUGGUUGAUAUCACCCUCCUCAGUGGGCUGGUACCAGACACCAAGUACCUCGAUCAGAUGGCAAACGGAGUUGAAGAAUACAUUAGUAGCUAUGAAGUCAAGAAAGGAAAACUGUUGCUGUAUUUGGAAACGAUCCCAUACAGCGUAUCUUGCCUGGUGUUCCCGGCUAGACAGAUCGUACGUCUGGGCCUGAUGCAGCCAGCCGAUGCCACCUUGUACGAUUUCUACGACCCAACUACCAGAUGCACUGUGUCCUACAGGCCUCCCGAACAAAACACCAUGACCUCGAAGCUAUGUGAGGGCCCCGUGUGCACAUGUGCUGCAGGUGGCUGUCCUCAUGAACAAGACGUUUUGCCCGACAACCUGUUGGGGGAUGAUCGGACUAGAUUUGCCUGUUACAAUCCAAUUGUGGAUUAUGUCUUUGUGGCCCAGGUGUUAAACAAGACCUCGCUGGGAUAUUUCGACAAGUACACCAUGUCCGUCCGUAUCGUGUACUGGAAGAAUGACGGAGAUCAUGCGGGUGGGGACGAGGUGAGGACAUUUCUACAUCGUAGCUCCUGCCGUCUGCAGCUGAGGGAGGGCACGGAAUAUCUACUGAUGGGCAAGAGCGGCAACAUCAAGCAUGGAGCGGGCAUUGCCCAGUAUCUCCUGAGUGACACAACUUGGAUCGAGGCCAUCCCAUCACAAACCACCUGUGGCCUUUUGACCCACAGAGAACAUUGCAAGCAAGUCAAGAGCUUUAUUGAAGAGUUCACCUUCUUCGGAUGUGAAAUGUAACUUUGGCCACUCUCCCCCUCCUCUCCCCUCCCCUCCCCCCUU